CAGUUUGGUCCCGUGACAAAUAACUUCGGAAAUUCAGGGAAAGAAACCGUCAGUAAGCUUUCAGAACAGUUGUACUCGCCCGGUUUCUUCACCAAACAAACAUUAUGGAUCCCGGAAACCACAGCUUCAGCUCUUUUAUCUCUGGAACACUUUAAGAGUCUUCACACACACCAAAGUUUGGAUGAUUGUUUUGAAGUUCCUCCGCUGGACUGGAGCGCUCUCUCCGUGGAAACUUAGUUAAAAGCUCAAGAAUGGAUUGCCAGUUGUGUCUUUGAGCCGUGCUCCAAAACGGAGCACUAAGGAACCGCUGUUACACACUGCCUGUACUGAGCACGGUCAGGAAGAACGAUCAGGAUGGAGACACACUCGAACUGCCCUAAUGUCAGCAUUCCCUGCUACAAUGAGCAGAGAGACAAGAAAAAACGUUAUACUGUUUACAAAGUGAUGGUCAGAGUUGGAAGACAUGAGUGGUUUGUCUUCAGGAGAUAUACAGAAUUUGAUAAACUGUAUAAUACAUUGAGAAAACAAUAUCCUGCUUUGAAUUUGAAGUUACCUGCUAAGAGAAUAUUUGGGGAUAAUUUCGACCCAGAAUUUAUAAAGCAGAGAAGAACGGGGUUACACGAGUUCAUUCAGAAAAUAGUGACCCUUCCACAGCUGAGCAAUCACUCUGACGUUCGAGACUUUCUUCAAAUGGACAAAUCCCAGAAUAUCUCAGAUGCUUCAGACGACGAUGAUGAGAAGAAUACUUCUACGUCCAGAAAUAUUAACCUGGGACCAUCUGCAAACCCUCAGGCAAAGCCCACUGACUUUGAUUUUCUGAAAGUCAUCGGUAAAGGGAGCUUUGGAAAGGUUCUCCUUGCAAAGAGGAAACGAGACGGGAAGUGUUAUGCAAUCAAAGUCCUUCAGAAAAAAGUAAUUUUAAAAAGGAGGGAGCAAAAACACAUCAUGGCCGAACGUAACGUGCUUUUAAAAAAUGUGAAGCACCCUUUUCUAGUCGGAUUGCACUAUUCCUUCCAGACAACGGAUAAGUUAUACUUCGUCCUGGAUUUCGUCAACGGUGGAGAACUUUUCUUUCACCUUCAAAAGGAGCGAACGUUUGCUGAGCCCAGAGCGAGGUUCUACAUCGCUGAGAUGGCAAGCGCACUGGGGUAUCUACACUCUCUAAACAUUGUUUACAGGGAUUUGAAACCGGAAAAUAUCCUGUUGGACUUUCAAGGACAUGUAGUCUUGACGGAUUUUGGACUGUGCAAAGAGGGAAUUUCUCAGGCAGACACGACCACCACAUUUUGCGGAACACCUGAGUAUCUUGCUCCAGAGGUCUUGAAAAAACAGCCGUAUGAUAACACUGUGGAUUGGUGGUGUCUUGGUUCUGUACUGUAUGAGAUGCUAUAUGGCCUGCCUCCAUUCUACAGUAGGGACACGCAUGAAAUGUAUGAUAACAUCCUGCAUAGGGAACUGCCCAUGCGCCCCGGGGCGUCCACAGCCGCCUGGUCCAUUUUACAGGCUCUUCUGGAGAAAGACAACACCAGGAGGCUGGGAUACAAAGACGACUUUAAUGAAGUUCAAAGCCAUGUAUUUUUUGCUUCUAUUAACUGGGACGAUCUUGUGCAGAAAAGGAUCCCACCUCCAUUUAACCCCAGCGUGGAGUCUCAGUACGACAUAUCAAAUUUUGAUCCUGAGUUCACAGAAGAAACUGUACCCAACUCCGUCUGUGUCUGCAAGGAUAACUCCAUUGUCAACGCCAGUGUCAUGGAAGCUGACGAUGCUUUUCUGGGCUUUUCCUAUGCACCACCUUCAGAUGACUCCUUCCUGUAACAUUUCUUACUAACUGUACUGCAGCUAUUUUAUGCUACAGAAAGGGAUUGGGUGUGCUCCUUCGGUCAGAAAAUGACUUAUGCAAGACAAUGCAAAGGCCAAACCAAUGCAUUGUACAGCUGACAAAAGAACAAACAUCUUAUGAUGUAGGGUUUUCCUUUUGUUUUGUUUUUCCUCAACAACAAAUUUGUAUUUUGUAUUGUGUGUAUAUAUGUAUACACCUGAGGUACAGUUAUAGCUCAGGUAUUCUAUUUUUUUUUUUCUUCCAUAGAUUUUCUACAGUGGUAGUAGUUGUGUCAGGGAAGCCGGUUAAUGAACAUUGAAACCGGAGAUAUACAUUCCACAUUUAAAUAACCCUUAAUGAACUUUACUGUUUGUGGCACUUGUUUGUUUGGUUUGUCUUCCUUUUAAAAAAUGUCUUAAUAAAGUAGUUUAGAAGGCCUUUUUUUCCAGAGAAUUUGCAAGAUAUCUUUUUUCUUUGCCAAAGAUAUGUUUUGUAAUAACAUAAAAAUGAGAAAUUAAAUUAAAUUGUGUAACUGUGGAAUUAAAAUGAGUAAAAUGUGGAUGUAUAAACCAACCUUCUGUUCUCAAA